GCUGCUGGACAUUUAAAGGGAACUAACUAAUAUGGAGCCGAAAAUUCUACUGCGUGAACCGGAUGAAGAAGCACGCAUACUGCCUUCGAAGAAGAAGUUGGUGAACAAAGUCGCAGUUAUAACUGGGGGUGCAAGAGGGAUUGGAGCUGCUGCGGCCAAGCUAUUUGCCCGAAACGGCGCUCACGUUGUGAUUGCCGACAUACUUGACGAUUUGGGAGCUGCACUGGCCGACUCUAUUGGGGGACGGUACAUACACUGUGAUGUGUCCAAGGAAUCUGAUGUUGAAUCAGCUAUUGAGCUUGCACUCGGAAGGACAGGCCAGCUUGACAUCAUGUUCAACAAUGCUGGUAUUUCUGGCCCGUCGGGGAGUAUAACCAGCCUUGACAUGGGAAAGGUGCAGCAACUGCUCUCGGUAAACACUUUUGGCUGUUUACAUGGGAUUAAGUAUGCAGCAGCAGCUAUGAUCAAAACCAGAACAGGUGGGAGCAUCAUCUGCACAUCGAGCACUGCAGCUAGCAUGGGAGGCCUUGGUGGACAUGCCUACACAUUGUCAAAGGAAUCCAUCAAUGGACUGGUGAGAAGCGCCGCAUGUGAGUUGGGAGUCCAUGGCAUUCGUGUGAACAGUAUUUCUCCACACGGGGUUCCUUCAGAGAUGCUGGUCGCUGCCUACAGAGAGAUUCUUGGGAAAGAGGAUAUGCAGGCCGAAGAUGUAAGCAAGAUUGUGGCAGAAAGGGCGAGCUUGUUGCGUGGCAGAUGUGGAACCGUGGAAGAUGUCGCAGAAGCUGCAUUAUUCCUUGCCAGUGAAGACUCAGGGUUCAUAACAGCCCAUAAUCUUGUCCUUGAUGGGGGUUAUACUUCUGCUGUCAGUACCAUGAGCUUCAUUUAUCAAUUUACCAAUAGACAAUAG